CAAACAGCAAACAACGCUUUACUAUGAUGAGAGAAGUGCUGGGCAACACAUGACAUCGGAAACAUUCAUUGCGAUACUACACAUUAAAGGCAUCCUUACACAGCAACCUGUAGAAUACUACGUUCGAGAAGUUGCAACAUGGUCGAUUAUUAUGCGAUACAUCCGUUAAAGAGUCAAACUAAAAGUUAUUGUCCAAGAAGAGCCGAAGCUGGAGAAGUGAACAACUAGUCGAACUCUUUUGGGGGGCUAGCAGAAUAUUUUCGCACGCCUUGUUAGCCCAAUGUUUCUGGAUUCUGGACUGGAGUAGGAUGUACUUUGUGUGGAUGGAUCUCUCAACAAUUUUCUAGUGCCAGUGAUCGCCAGUAACUUCCCAGCACUCCAUGCAGCCGUAGGGGACUUUGUCUCAUGUGUACCCAGCCAUCGAAGCCCCUGGCCUGGCCGCGGGCAUGGCAGCCUCUACCUUGAACCUCAAUAGCCUGGGAGUCAUGAGCAGCAGUAAUAGAUUUGAGAGCCAGAGCGCCGCCGCUAGUGCUGCCUCCAGACCGAGAGCCAACCACGGGGGGCGACCUGUGCUGCCAGUCCCCGACCGGAGCCCCUUCUGCCACCUGAUCAGCGCCGGAGGGCUGUACAGCCCCAGCAGCCCCAACGCCAGCCCCAGCCAUGGCCCCGCCGUGUUCCCGGAGCGUGCCUUCGUGUUCCCACCCUCCUCCUCCUCCUCUUCCUCCUCUCCCACCUCCCCCAACGCCACCUCGACCUCCUCCCCAGCGCUGGUCCCCAGGCCCUGCUUCACCGUGCGUUCCCGCUCGCCCUCCCCGCGCCACCCGGACCUCCUGGGAGUCAACGUGGGACGGCGCGUCCGACGGCUGAGCUCCCCCGGGGCGGUGGGGGAGGAGAGCGAGGCCGGUGACGGCGGGGCGGGGGAGGAGGAGGAGAGGGGCGGUGGGGAGGGGCGGAGGCGACAGGCGCAGCUGCUGCAGAUUCACCGGGAGCUGCAGAACGUGGAGGUCAUUAGAAAGGUGGACAUGUUCGAGGCGCAGAUCUCGGGGAUCCGCGACCAGGUGCGGACCAUCGAGCUCCAGCGCAGCCCGCGGCCUCCGCGGCGCCAAUCCACCGUGGCUAACAAGGCCCCCGCUCCGUCCGGGCCGAUGGCGACCCGCCGGGACGGUACCAACCCGCUCUCUCUCGCCGUCCUGCACAACGGCAGGGGGACGGAGGAGGACGACGAAGAGCUGAGGGACGUAGAUGGGAUGAAAGGGUCGAGGAGAGAGGUGGAGGGUUCGGGGGAAAGGAAGGACGGCAGGAGAUCCUCCACCGAUGACACGGAGGCAGAGCGCAACCUCAGGGUUGCAAUCGAAAGCCGGAAAGCCGGAGCUGAACUCACUUCCGGUUUGGAGGGAGACCUCCGUCUUUCACCUCGGACAAUGGAGACGGACAGACGGACGGCAGGGAUGGAGGACGGAAGACAGAGGGAAGAGGAUAGACAGGAAGGGAGAAAGGACAUGAGGGAAAGGUAUGCAGAUAGAGAGAGCGGAGAGAAGCGAGAGAUGCCAGCCGGGGAAGAGAGUAAGGACCUUGAGAAGCGUAGAGAAGGUGACUGGGCGGAACAGGAGGGCCGAGGGCCUGCUGCCACUCGUACGAUGUCCCCGACAGAGAGGGGAUUAAGCCAGGAAGUGGCUGAUUUGACUGGGGAAGGAAGCAGCGAGAGCUGGCCUCCGCCCUCAGACCACACCUCUAAGCCCUCCUGCUCCUCCCCUCCUGCCAUCCCUUCCGUUGUUGUCACCGACCACGGUCUGGAAGCCCCGCCUACGUCGCCUUCGGAGGGCCGCAACUCAGACCAGGGACUUUCCUGCAGCCCCAGCCCCAGUAUCAGCCCUGUCCCCGGGUUGGGCUCCUCGCCCCGCUCGGGGAGGAAGCUUUCCUCUUCUUCAAUGUCUUCUACCGGCUUUUCCUCAUCAUGGGAAGAGUCGGAGGAGGAUGCGUCCAGCGAUACUGAAAGGGGCGAUCAGUUCCUGAACCCUGUGCUCCUCAAUCCCCAGCAGAAGGCACACAAGUCGUGGAAGAAGAUUAAGAACAUGGUCCACUGGUCGCCUUUCGUCAUGUCCUUCAAGAAGAAGUACCCCUGGAUACAGCUAGCAGGCCACGCAGGAAGCUUCAAAGCUGGGGCAAACGGCCGCAUAUUAAAGAAACACUGUGAGUCGGAGCAGCGCUGCCUCUCCCUGCUGAUGAAGGACGUGCUGCGCCCCUACGUCCCCGGUUACCACGGCGACGUGGAGAAGGACGGCCAGAGGUACAACCAGAUGGAGGACCUGUUGGCGGACUUUGACCUGCCCUGCGUGAUGGACUGCAAGAUGGGCGUGAGGACCUACCUGGAGGAGGAGCUGACCAAGGCCAGGAAGAAGCCGUCGGUGAGGGCCGACAUGUACCUGAAGAUGAUCGAGGUGGACCCCGAGGCGCCCACGGCCGAGGAGCAGGAGCAGAAGGCGGUCACCAAGCCCCGCUACAUGCAGUGGAGGGAGACCAUCAGCUCCACCUCCACGCUGGGCUUCCGCAUCGAGGGGAUCAAGAAGGAGGAUGGGACGGUGAGCCGGGACUUCAAGAAGACCAAGAGACGGGAUCAGGUUACUGCGGCCUUUGAAGACUUUGUCAAAGGAAAUCACGGAAUACUGAACUGUUAUAUGUCCAGGCUGGAGGAAAUCCGCGAUACCUUGGAGGACUCUCCCUUUUUCAAGGCUCACGAGGUGAUUGGCAGUUCCUUGUUGUUUGUGCAUGACAAUAAGGGGCGGGCCAAAGUCUGGAUGAUUGACUUUGGGAAGACCACGCCCCUUCCAGAGGGGGAGGAGCUUAACCACAGGGCUCCUUGGGUAGAAGGCAACAGGGAGGACGGCUACCUGAUCGGACUUGAUUGUUUGCUGGAUAUCAUCAGAACCAUGGCCGCCCAGACUCAGCCGUGACGUUUGCCUAUUUUUGGCUCAGUUUUACGCACAUAAUCCACUUCCAGCGAUCACUUCUUCUGUCCCUCCCAAAGACUCUCCCUUGUGGGUUUGGUUGACCUCUUCAGCCCUACGUCACAUUGUCCCAUGUCUCCUACUCUACAGAUAAUCAUGUCUAACACAGAGCGUUCUAACACGAUUACCGCUUAACGCCUCAAUCUAUUUAUUUAAUGUUCUGAGUUUUGCCUGUCCAAAUGUUGUUCACUGCUCUGCCCUUUAAGCCAACAACAAACUUACCCCUGAGCGUUGCCUCAACCUUCACACACUGUUUAAACCUACAACUUAAACUGACACAAGGAGCCUUGGUCACACAUGCUUAACCAAAUAGACCACUCAGCUGAAAGCGUUUUGAUCUCAUUGGUUGUUGAGCCCUGCUGUGAUUCUGAGUCCGAUGAUGUCCCCCAACUCCAUUACGAAUGGCUCAAAAUAAUAAGGCAAAGUUAGGGAUGUGUGUGUGUGUGUGUGUGUGUGUGUGUGUGUGUGUGUGUGUGUGUGUGUGUGUGUGUGUGUGUGUGUGUGUGUGUGUGUGUGUGUGUGUGUGUGUGUGUGUGUGUGUGUGUGUGUGUGUGUGUGUGAUCUAUCCUUGUUUCCAUGACGACCACAGAGUUACCUAACUGAUUCACACAGCUGUUGUCCAAACAUAAUUGAUUUACCCUCAAAAGCAGGAAACUCAUGAAACUUCCUUUGUUUCUUGUUCUUAUCCAAUACGUUAACUCUUUGUCGUUCUCCAUCUCAAACUUUUUAAUAGCAAUAGCUGGAAUACAACUUUUCAGUUUACACAUAUUUUCAGUUUGCUUAUUUCACUAAUUCCACCACCUUCCCUCCCAGAGCUAAAGCUGAACAGUUUCCACUCCAGAACUAUCGGAGGUGGCUCAAUAGCAGCCAAUCGUGUCAAUGUUUGCCGUUCUUUCAUUAUGUUUUUGGGAGAUUUUGCAAUAUUUUCGUUCAUGUAAAACUGCAAACUAAGGAAGAUUAAUGUUGAUACUGUUUAUUCUUUCUAGGGAUUCAAAAGCAGGCCUAUGUUUUUUUUUUACUUUUGUUCAUAAGGAUUUGUAUAACAUUAAUUAAGUUAGUUUCAUAUUUGUAGACCACUCAUUGUUGUUAAAAGUGAACAGAGUUACAUUUAAUUUAAGCUAUAUGGUGACCUGAUGUCAUAAAGCCAUGUCAGACAACUAACAACUUUUAUCUGUUUUAGAGUUUUUUUAUUUUUGUUUAUAUUAGUUUUUUUUCUUUGGUUGGUAUUGUUUUUGUUUGUUUCCAGUUAAAAUGAGUGCAAUUGAAAUAUAAUAUUAGACUUAUGUCUACUGUUUAUUUUAUAGAACAUUCAAUUAUUUAUAACACUUUACUGUGUUGCAGAUUGUAUUAGUUUCAGGGAUAUUGUGACUUGUAGAAUUUGUAUGUGUACAUUUUAAACCCUCUGGUGCCAAGAUGUGGUUGAUCACUGAAUAAGUGAGACAGUAAAUGAGUGGAAAGAACUGUGGACAUUUCUCAUUGAAAAUAUUGUUCUCUCGUGGAUAUGACCUUGAUAGCCAUAGUACUCUAAGUGUCUAUAUUCAAAAACACAGUGGUUGAUUUAUGUUUAACAAGUAGCUAGAUAGGUAGUGGUAUACCUACUGAACUAUCAUGGCCCCCUGUCACAAAUCCAUGGUGUGACAAAGUGAAUAAUUAUACGUGUAUACGAUUUGUUUACACUAGAAAAUAGUAGUAUAGCACUUCACUGUGCUCAUUUAAAGAUGUGUGCAUUGUUGUUUGCAGUGGUAAUAGACAGAAGGCUUGGUGAUUGUAGUUUCACUGCAGUUUCUUGAGUGAGUAAGACCAGUAUGUACAGUGGGCUAUCCACAAUGCUCUUAGAUGUGAACCUGUUUUAUAAAACUGAGGUAAAAUAUCCCUACUAUUUCCCCCUUUGCAACAUCAUACCAGUUACUAUCACAGCAUCCUAUUAAAUGUGUCUGUUACAUCUUCCUCCUCAGGUGACAGCAUAAUAUACUAUAUGUUUUACGGGGAACAAAGAGUGUACAAAUAAAUAAUAAAAACUUUAAAAAAUAAGUG